AUGGAGGAAAGGGAUUCAGAGCUGAGUCCAGAGAGCUUGGAAGAGAAGACAGUAGGUGACCAAUCUCACUUGGACAUCAAAGAACCUCAUGAACUGAAGAGUGUAGCCUGUAUCUUUGGCUUCACUAUCACUAUGUGUAUAGAUCCCAAGAGAAAGUUCUAUGAACAUCUUUCCCCCCAGAUUACAAGGCUCCCCAGGUUAUGUGGCCCACUCCCCACAGGUUAUAUGCGCCCUCUCGCCCCAGCUGAGAAACCAGAGGUGCUAACGGUUGCCAGGGCUAUGCACAGGGACAAGUUUGGACAUCAUGUGAAGCAGCUUUUCCAAUGGGAGAAGGAUGUGACACUGAAAGCUAUCCAGACCGGUCUUUACAUUGGUUGGCGCUGCCCCCAUUACCUAUGGGACUGCUACCGUAUUGGGAGUGAAUCAAAGUGCUUCUGUGGACACCUGCUCACCCAGCACCGGAUGGCUUCAGACAUAUCUGUUCCCUGCACCAUAAAUGGGUGCCGAUGUCAAAUGUUCUGCUUCAUCCCAUCACGACCAGAAGAAGUGGGAGAAUUCUGGCUUCAGAAACGAUCUGGUUUUGACCCCAAAACAUGGAGGGCCCUUUGUCGCUGCAAACACAACCACGAGGAGCACAGCCCCACAGGGGCCCAUGCCUGCCGACAUCGCGGCUGCCAGUGUAAUUUCUUCCAGUCAAAUUUCCUUUGUGCUGCAUGUGACCGACGAUGGGAAGAGCAUGAAACCUUCUUUGAAUCGGAGGAGACCAGGAGGCAAAGAGGAGGGAGAACAAGUGGAGCUGACUACAUGCCUUUUGCAGAGAUGCCUGUCCUCCGGAAUAUCAUCCUCCCUGCCUCGGAAUUUGAGGCCCUGGAGAAGCAGAGUCCUUCAGGUCCCUUUGGGCUUCCUGGACCUUCUGGUCCCCAGCCCAGCAAGCCCUUCUGA